GACUGUGAAGUCUCGCAGCGGCUCUGACUUGAGGAGUGACAACUUCCCAUGGCGGGUGCUUUUCAUCUGUGUGCCCCUCUCCCUCCCCGGUUCUGUGGACGGUAGAUGGACCUCCGCUGCACCGAGCUCACAACCGGUUACCGUUUUACCGCCAGGACGAACCCGACGGACCGCCAACUCCCGCGACGUUUGGCAGGAUAUUCAAGGACAUUUUAAACGUUACCAUAGCUACUUCGGCCUUUUUUCUGUCGGUUCAGGAAAUCCAGCGUGUGGUUCUCCGGUGCAACGAUGGGGCCAUAUUUUGUAAACACUGGCAGAAAGGGCGGCUGAUAGCAUGUUAACACACUCCGGAUGAUGAUGUGUGUGUCAUGUUGUACCCACACCCCUUCCUCUGCUGAAGGGCCAUCACAUGCACACGGCGACGUAAAGGAAAUUAGCUGCUGACUUUCGAUGCGUUCAUCUCAAUCAUGGCAUCGUUUCCAGACCUCAUCGAGUGGAGCUGAAAGAACACCGUGUUACAGGUGAAAGUAGUGACCCCCUUACAAACGCGGAGAAAAGGCUGGGGAACUUUUGCUUUUCCGGGUGUGUGUUUAAUCCGGAGGUGCAUCAGCUGCAGGAACCGUCAAUGUGGACUUCAGCUGGUGAUUUGACAAGUCACCUAUAGGAUCCCCUCAGAGUCUCUCCUGUCUCCUCUCCCCCUCCCUUCCCUCUUGUCCCUCCCUCCCCCCUUCCCUUGUCAAUCUUCUCCCCGAUCCCUCUAUCCCCCUCCUCCAAAAUUCACCAUGCUUAUCAAGGAGUACCGCAUCCCCAUGCCCAUGAGUGUGGAGGAGUACCGCAUCGCUCAGCUCUACAUGAUCCAGAAAAAGAGCCGAGAAGAGAGCUGUGGUGAGGGCAGCGGGGUGGAGAUCCUGGAGAAUAAACCCUACACAGAUGGGCCGGGUGGGACGGGCCAGUACACCCACAAAGUUUACCACAUUGGCAUGCACAUUCCCAGCUGGUUCCGCUCCAUAUUGCCCAAAGCAGCACUGAGGGUGGAAGAGGAGUCCUGGAACGCCUACCCUUACACCCGCACCAGAUACACUUGCCCCUUUGUUGAGAAGUUCUCCAUUGACAUUGAGACCUACUACAAACCAGACACAGGCAACCAAGCCGAUGUCUUCAACAUGUCUGCAGUAGAAAGGAGGCAGAGGAGUAUUGACCCAAUUGACAUAGUGACAGAUCCCAUCCCCCCCCAUGAGUACAAAGCAGAGGAGGACACACGGCUCUACAAAUCAGCCAAGACCCAGAGGGGUCCUCUGCUGGACGACUGGAUAGAAGAGUACAACAACAACCCAGGGAUGAGCCCCAUCAUGUGUGCCUACAAACUCUGCAAGGUGGAGUUUCGCUACUGGGGCAUGCAGUCAAAGAUCGAGCGCUUCAUCCAUGAUGUUGGACUGAGGAAGGUGAUGGCGCGCGCCCACCGGCAGGCCUGGUGCUGGCAGGACGAGUGGUACGGUCUGACGAUGGAGGACAUCCGGCAGCUGGAGCUGGAGACACAGCUGGCCCUCGCCACCAAGAUGGCCCAGUUCAGUCAGGCUGAGGAGGCCGCCGAGGCCAACGGGGGGGCGCCGUCUCCAGACAAAGAGCAGGAGGCUAAAGAGGCCAUCAGCUCCAUCGAAGCGGAGGAGGUGGUGGUGAGCUCAGGAGGAGAGACUCUGCAGCCCCGAGGCGUUCUCACCAAGCAGUGGUCCACUUCCUCCAGAUCCUCCCGCUCAUCCAAGAGAGGAGUGAGCCCAUCACGUCACAGCAUCUCAGAGUGGAGGAUGCAGAGCAUAGCGCGAGACUCCGAAGAAAGCUCGGACGAGGAGUUCUUCGACGCUCAUGAGGAUCUGUCAGACAACGAAGACGCCCUGCCGAAGGAAAUCACCAAGUGGAACUCCAACGACCUCAUGGACAAGAUUGAAGCUGCAGACACAGAGGAAACUCCUGGUGAGCUGUUCAAGGAAAUGACAGUGGAUUAUGAAAGAGCAACCAGUGAGGAAAGACUAGACGAGAUGCGUGGCUCUGUUAGCGGCCAAGCCAGUAGCUCUCCCAUUCCCACCAUCACGGUAACAAGGCACCAGUCAGAGAGCUCGUCAGCACAGUGUCUGCAGCCUUCCAAGAUCCACGUGCUGAUCCUGGUUCUGCACGGAGGAAACAUCCUGGAUACGGGCGGAGGCGACCAGAACAGCAAGCAGGCCGACGUCAACACCAUCAGCACGGCGUUCGAGGCGGUGAUGCGCGUUCACUACCCCGCUGCGCUGGGACGCAUCGCUAUCCGCCUGGUGCCCUGCCCGGCCAUCUGCGCCGAGGCCUUCUCCCUGGUGUCCAACCUGAGCCCAUACAGCUACGAUGAGGGCUGUCUGUCCAGCAGCCAGGACCACAUCCCACUGGCAGCGCUCCCCCUCCUCGCCACCUCCGCCCCGCAGUACCAGGACGCCAUGGCCACCGUCAUCGUCAGGGCCAACCAGGUGUACUCAGACUUCUUAAAGUCUCUGGAAGGGGCAGCCUUCUCCGGCCAGGUUUGCCUGAUUGGAGACUGUGUGGGAGGGAUCUUGGGUUUUGAUGCACUUUGCAGCAGCAACCAGACGGUGAACGAGAGCCAGAACAGCAGCCGCAGGGGCAGCCUCGUCAGUGUGCAGGACCAGGACCUCCUCUCUCCCGGCAUCAUUGUGAACAGCGUGCACGGCUCGGCCUCUCCCACCCUGGAGGGCAGCCGCCACCUGAGCCGGAGCAACAUCGACAUCCCUCGGUCCAGCUCAGGAGACGACGCCAAGAGACAACUGCCCCGUAAGAGGAGCGACUCCUCCACCUACGAGCUGGACACCAUAAAACAGCACCAGGCCUUCCUCACCAGCUUACACUCCAGUGUUCUGCGGAGCGAUGCGGUGUCACGCAGGUCGAGCAGCAGCACGAUGCUGGAUGGAAGCUCUCUGGGGAGGUUCGACUUCGAGGUGUCCGACUUUUUCCUGUUCGGCUCUCCACUGGGUUUGGUCCUCGCCCUGAGGAAGACCGUCAUUCCUAUGCUGGAUGUGGCCCAGCUGCGGCCCGCCUGUCAGCAGGUCUACAACCUGUUCCACCCGGCGGAUCCUUCGGCCUCCCGCCUGGAGCCUCUGCUGGAGAGGAAGUUCCACCUGCUGCCUCCCUUCAACGUGCCCCGCUACCAACGCUUCCCCCUGGGAGACGGAAACUCUGCCCUCCUGGUGGAGACAGUCCAGAGCAACGCUCAGCUGCUGCUUGACAGCGGGCCUCCCUUGUUGUCCCUUCGCUGUCAGGAGACCAUCAGUGAGACCUGCAUCCCUGUGCCGAUGCUAAACUGGCAGGAGGGCUGCCUCAAAGCCACACCCGCCACUAUGGAGUCGGAUGUUGUUCAGUCUCAUGGUGGUGUCUUCAUGGACAGUUCGUACCCCUCAUCCCCCGUAACGGGCCCCCUCUCCCGGGGCCAGCGGAGGGCCAGUGAGGUCAGCAUGGCCAGCCAGGUCUCAGGAAUGGCAGACAGUUACACUGCCACCAACAUAGCCAACACCAAAUCAUGCCAAAUUAACCAAUCCAAAAUAAUCGGCCUUUUGUCCCAACUCGCCCUUUCAUCACAAAACAAAUUCUUCCUGAGAAGUCCUCCAAAUUCCCGUAAGAAAGCGGAGUCUGGCGAUGCCGCAGGAUCUCCUGACGCAGACCUAGCGGCAGAGCAGGACAGUGAGGCCGACAGUAGUGAAAAUAUAAAUCCCUUCUCACCCGGACUGGACUUUGCUAUAUCUGACCUGGUCUCACUGGACUCCCAGGCUGAAGUGGACCAAGUGGCGGCACGUUGGUGGGGCACGAAGCGGCUGGACUUCGCCCUGUACUGCCCCGACGCCCUGACUGCUUUCCCCACCGUGGCUUUACCGCAUCUCUUCCACGCAUCGUACUGGGAGUCCACUGAUGUUGUGUCUUUCCUCCUGAGACAGGUCAUGAGGCAUGAAAACUCCAGCAUCCUGGAGCUCGACGGGAAAGAAGUGACAGAAUUCACCCCCUCUAAACCCCGGGAGAAGUGGCUCCGCAAGAGGACUCACGUGAAGAUCAGGAACGUGACCGCCAACCACCGUGUGAACGACGCUGUGUUCACAGAAGACUUGCAGCAGGUCCUCACAGGUCGCUUCAUGUAUGGCCCUCUGGACAUGGUCACCUUGGCCGGGGAGAAGGUUGACCUCCACAUCAUGACCCAGCCUCCCUCAGGAGAGUGGAUUUACUUCGACACAGAAGUGACCAACAGUAGUGGCCGCGUGUCUUUUGUCGUCCCGGAUGACAAACGUCUGGGCAUCGGAGUCUACCCGAUCAAAAUGGUUAUCAGGGGCGACCACACGUUUGCAGACAGCUACCUGACAGUCAUUCCCCGGGGAACGGAGUUCGUGGUGUUCAGCAUCGACGGGUCGUUCGCUGCCAGCGUGUCGAUCAUGGGCAGCGACCCCAAAGUGCGGGCCGGAGCCGUGGAUGUUGUCAGACACUGGCAGGAUCUGGGUUAUUUGAUCAUCUACGUGACGGGUCGCCCGGACAUGCAGAAGCAGCGGGUCGUGGCCUGGUUAUCUCAGCACAACUUCCCGCACGGCAUCGUCUCGUUCUGCGACGGCCUCGUCCACGAUCCGCUCAGACACAAGGCCAACUUCCUCAAGACCCUGACCGAGGUUAACAUGAGGAUUUUCGCUGGCUACGGAUCAACCAAAGACAUCUCAGUCUACACCGCCAUCGGCAUCCCCUCCUCCCAAAUAUACAUCGUCGGUAGACCUUCCAAGAAACUGCAGAGCCAGUGCCAGUUCAUCACAGAGGGGUAUGCGGCUCAUCUGUCCCAGCUGGAGUACAGCCACCGCUCUCGACCCGCUAAGUCCAGCACGGCGCGCAUGGUGCUGCGUAAGGGAAGCUUCGGCCUGGGCGCUAACAGCGACUUCCUGAGAAAGAGAAAACACCUGCUGCGCACCAUCUCCUCGCAGCCGGCCCCCAGCUCCCCGACGGGCAGCAUCCACAGCCGGCCCGAACGCACUCAGAGCCAAUCGGACGGCGAGCGGCUGGAGAGCGCUCACAGCUACGGGCCGGGGGGGGCGCAGCGCAGCAUGAGCAUCACCGCCAACUGCUGGGGGCGCAGCAGCAGCACCAAGAUGGAGCCCGCCAUCCUCAGCCCCAAGUGACACUGAGAGGGGGUUAUAAUACAGGAGGAAGACUAAUGCAAAGACUGAGAAACACUGGGGUUGGAGAUGGGUCAAUGCCACAAUGAACACAAUAUGUGCUACAAACCACUGUUUAUGACCUAAUGCCAGUCACACUCUACACAGAUAUUUAUGAACAGAGGCUUUAUUUAUUACACAACACACACACAACUCAACAGGCAUUUCAAGGAGCAACUUCCUGAAACAGGGACACAAAUAGACUUACCGCUUAUAUUGUUGAGAUCCAGACUGUUUCUACUAUCUAUUUAUCAGUCUAUUUAAGUCUAUACAACAGGCUUUUAGACUGAAGAUGGUUCCAGAUACAAGCACCCCAAUGCUGUAUUCUAGCAAACAAGACAAAGUGGUUACAGACAGCCUGUAUCAGGUGUAAGUGCUGAUACUGUAACCAACUACUGCCACAGCAAGCACAGCAAUUCAUAUAGAGAUCAACUUUGUGCUUAAUAGUUUUAAAGAUAUGUUGUUUUUAUGUGAUAAUCAGAUAUGUUCACGUCUGGGAGCAGAGCUGAGAAUCAGGCAAAACUGGAUUGAAUGUCUGACCAAACACAUCCAAUCAUUAAGCCAACAGUUUUAGGAAGACCAUUUUUUUUUUAAAUCCCUUUUGCUGUGUAAGCCAACAUGAAAUCAUUGAAUCAACUUGUUGCAUUUAUAAGCAGUCCAGUUUUGCUUGUUUUCUGGCUGUCCCUCAGACCAAAGAACCAUCCAAAUAUCUCAUGAAGCAAAACUGCGAAAUGACCCUUUAACCUACGGCUGCAGCUGAAACCUUUCCUGGGAUUUUAUAACAUUUCACCACAUCUCGCCACGCCGCUGCUGAACCUUCGGAAAUGUGCGACUCAGCACCUGUACGGUUAACGUGCCAAAGCGAACAGUGUAGAACGAUAUGCUGCACAUGAACAGAGAGGAAACGAUUAAGGUGUACAAAUGGAUUGUGUAAGUAUGUAUUUGAAUGGCUUGUACAUAUUGCUUUACUACAGUGCAGAUCUGGUAUCUGGUCCACUGAAGACCAGCUUCAAGUGUCUUCUUUACUCCGGGGGGGGAACACCGCCUCAUUCAGGAUACACUUCAAUUAUGAUAGUUGUUGUUAUUUAUGAUUAUGGAUAUUUUAAACAUGUAUUGAUUUUGUGAACCAAGUGUGUUUUUAGAUUACUUUAGCUAUGUUGUGUUUUUACCUUUCAUUCUUAAAUAGUUCAGUUGCAGCAGCCAAAACUCAGAGGUCUUUGCCUGGCACAGUAUUGUAUUUUUAUUAUUUCAUCCUGCAGAUCACGAGAACUGAAUCAACAGAACUGCUAUCUUGUGUCAUAUAUUGUAUGUUUAUUAUACUUUUUGGAUAUUUGGAAUAUGGCUUUUCUCUGGUUAUCCCUAAGCUGUAAAUGAGGCGUUGAAUGUGCUCAUAGAUAAUCCUCCUUAGGUUACGUUCUGCUGCGCCUUUAGAGGGAGAAGCUAAUUGUAAAUUCUGUACAAUACGCUGUCAGGAGUAGGAACACAGAGCUCAGACUGUGUCACGCUGUUCACCUUUUAUUUCUGAAACACAUUUGUGAUUUAUUCAUUCAAAUGAUGGUUAUUUCCCCCUCAAAUAGAGCUCCUGUAGAGAGCUGACUGCGAUGGACCAAUAUGGACUCAAACGUAAGGGAAACGUGCAAUAUUUCUCAACCACAAGACCAAACAGACUGUGUUGAGGAAGUGUCGCAACGCAUUGACAAUCAGAUCAACAGGCACAUGUUCUAUAGAGAUUACAUUGCAGAGGGAAUCUGAACACAUAUGAGCAGCACUCAACAAAUUCAUAGGCACAUUUAUAGUGUGUCAAAAUAAGUUAAAAAAAGUGCCACUGAUCUGAGAAAAGUAUGAAAUAUUACAGUAGGUUUUCUACUGUGGACUGACAUCCUCAAUCUCAAUGUUGAAUUUUAAGUCACCUACAUUUAAAAGUGACCCAGAAAUCAAUGUUUUACCCUCUGAAAAGAAUUAGCCCUUAACAAAUCCUUUAUAAAAGUUUUAACUGUUAUUGAAAGGAUCGAGUUAAUGGUGGUUUUGGGGGCUGCUGAAUUGUAUAGUGUUAUACUGGGAGGCGUUUCUAGUAUUUUGUCUACCCCUUUAUAUCAAUGAGGAGAGACAAUGUUCGAUAACUCAGAGUAGAUCUCAACGCAUAAGAAGGAAGGACGUUAUUACAAACUGUCGGCUGCUGAUUAAAGAACGGCUGUUUGAUCAUUGCUGUAAAACAUGCACUUGUCUAAAGUUGGAAACUACUGAACCAUACAUCCUUCCUCAGAGAACGUGUAGAGGAAGCGGUGCGUUUACCUCUGACGUUUCCUCUGGGCAGACGUUAGCUGAGUUUCUACUAACUCACACACGAUCAGAGGCCUUACACUUCCCUCUUCUGCCUUACAUUGAACAUGUGUUGCGAGGCCUCGACUGAACGCUGCUCACUCCCAAAUUGACUCGAUGGAAAAGGAUAGACUGUUUGUCGAACGGACAUUUUUUCCUCAAAAUGCUUUGGCUUGUUUUCACUUUAAAAGGAAAUAUUUCACCAACAUUAGGCAAUCUGUCUCAAGCUCUGUUCCCCGGGUUAAUGCAACGCCACCACUGUUACAUCCGUUAGCAUUCAUAGGCUGUACAUACAUAUGCAACAUACCUUGGUAAAAAUGUCAUUGUACAGGGUGUGUAUCUUGUAGAUUUUUGGAUAACUUCAUUGUAUCCAUUCCCUUGUGUUUGUAUGUACAGUGUAUACAGAACAUAAAAAGAUCAACUCAU